AUGGGAAAAGAAGGAAGAAAAUUUAAGAUAUGCUCUUCAUGCAUUCUACUUAUGUUUACCUUAACUAUUAUUUAUUUUGGUGAAACAACAGUUAAAAGAGUAAAAGAAGAUAUUUAAUAGUGGAAUGAAGAAGAAUUAUCAAAAAAAUUGAUUACAGAGAAAAUCAAUUUAGAAUAUAAUUUAAGAAAGGCAUUAUCUAUGAGAGAUACAUUUCUUUCUUUAAUGCUUGUUGAAACUCAAAAAUAUCACUCUGAGGUAAUUGAAGACUUAUCUGAAGAAGGAUUAAAUUCAGUUAGCCAUAUAAUUAAUGAAAAAAGAAUUUGGGAUGCAUUAGUUACUAUCUCCUUCCGUCUGAGAAGCAAAACUGGUGGAGAUGUUUUGACUAAAAAAGAGUGGGAAGACACUAUAGAAUACUUCUCUUAUUCUUUAUCAGAAGCAGAUAGACAAAAGGCAAUAAAAGACCAAAAAUUAAUAUUUUCUAAAAUAGCUAACAAAGGUUCAGACACUAUAACACUAGCUUAGUAUAAAAAGGGUAUGGAUGAAUUUAAUUAAUUCUUGUAAAAAGUGUUUACUUCAACAGUAGUAGGAAAAUCAGAUUUAAAAACAGGUAGAUCUAUUUAUAAUUAUGUAGCUUUUGAAAUGGACUUGUAUAACGACUGUCACCGUAAAGCAAAGUAAGGAUAAGAUUUAGAUGCAGAAUUUAAUGAAAAAUGUUCAGACAAAAAAGAAACUAAUAAAUUUUUGUUAUGGGUUUUGGGAGAUACAACAAGAUGGCAAAUUAUUUGCGACAAUAUUUUCAAAAUAUUAGAUGUAGACUAGAAUAACAUUAUUGAUGCUACUGAAAUAGAUGCUGUUCUUCUUCAACUUGAAUUUAAAGACUCAACAAUCAAAGGUUUUUAAGAACUUCUUAUUAAUUUCUAUGAUCGUAACAAUACAAGAUAGAUUCAAAGAUAAGAUUUCUUGCAAGUAAUGGAUAAAAUACGUUAUAAUCUACAAAGAUAUGAAGAAGAAAUGAAUACGUAAUUUGAUAAUGAAGAUAGAAUGCUUUGA